UGACGUAGUGGUAUUCUGAACAUUUAUCGUCGCCUGAAAACUUUACCCAACCUGUAAAGGAAGAAGAAAACACGAAAAGGUUGAGUGACAACCGACAUACGGUGCAUUUGUUUAGUUCAUUGGAUUGGAUAUAAUAAUUAGAGUUCUACGGAAAUUACCGAAGACAAGGUAAAUAAUGACUAACGUGCCGUUACUGUUGGCCCAAGAGGACGUGGAAAAUGGAGGAAAAUCAGAGGACUCAUCCAGCAAUAUAGAAAAUGAUUUUGCAUAUCGCAAUAAUGUACACAAUGCGCACAUCAAAAUCCGCAUGGCAUUUCUGCGGAAGGUGUAUGGGCUCAUCUCUAUCCAGCUGCUGCUCACAGUAGUUAUAUCAGCUGUUUUUAUUUUAUGCGAGCCCAUUAAACUUACCGUUCAGCGAAACUCAUGGAUGGUGGGAAUAUCGUUCAUUGGAACCAUGGCAAUCCUGAUUGCCCUUCAUUUCAAGAGAAGAGACCAUCCGACUAAUUUAAUUCUGCUCGGUGCAUUUACGGUCGUACUGUCCUACUCUGUGGGAACCGUCGUCACCCUCUUCGACGUCACUGUAGUCCUCGAAGCAAUGUUUAUAACAAUGGCUAUCGUUUUUGGAUUGACUGUCUACACUUUCCAGUCGAAACGAGAUUUCUCAUUCUUGGGAUUUGGACUCUUUGCUGGGCUUUUUGCUCUUCUAGUCGGCGGAAUAAUUCAACUAUUCCUCCAAAGUCCAGUCAUGGAGCUAGCAAUGAGUAUUGGUGGAGCUCUCCUUUUCUCCGUAUUCAUUAUUUAUGACACCCACAUGCUGAUGCAUGUCCUCUCCCCAGAGGAGUACAUCAUUGCUGCGAUCAACAUCUAUCUCGAUAUCAUUAAUUUAUUUUUACAUAUUCUACAACUGUUAGCUGCGGCCAAACGAUAAGUUUGUCGAUACUGAGAUGGAUGUAAAUAAUAUUCAAUUAAAAAAAAACAAUUUAUUUCCUUUCAUGCACAAAUUGCGUGUGACUAUUUUUGCGUAAGAUAUCGUUAUAUGAGAAAAUUGAAUAAUAUUGAUUAUCAACGGACUGAUGUGGCUGAACAAAUUUCAAAAGGAUAGGGCUUUUUAUAAUUGAUGCUUUGGAGAGAUACGAUGGAGAAGUGGAGGAGAGCAGAGUUUGGCUUGUUUGCAAAAAAAGUGAAUUUUAUCUUCGGGAAACAAUUUUUUUUUGUUUCUAUACAUUUAAGGAUUUAAAACGAGCAUAAUUAACAUGAUUUUAUUCUAUUUUUAAAACCCUUAUGAAAAAAAAAAAACAAUUUUUUAAUCAAAUUAUUGUUAUGAUUGGACAAAUAGCAGGGGAAGAAAGAAGAAAUAAACUAAAUCAAUGAAAAUUUUAUGGUUUUUUUAUUAAUGCGCAUACGUAGGAGAAGAACACUCAGAUUUAUGAUGUUUCCAUAGCAGAUGUGGUCUCCUCGGUGUACUUUCCUUUGUCCUUACCGAGAGCAGCAGCACGUCCCUUGCUUCGCCUAUCGAUAAUUUUCUUACGAUCCUUAUCCAUUUUCAAU